AUGGGAACAAGGAUGGAGGUGGCACAGCUUGAGAGCAGGAUGAACACAGAGGACUAUAGAAAGCUACAGGAUCUUUUCCUGGACCCUUCCUCUGGAGCAUCUCGCUCCUUGUCCAGAACUGAAUUCAUCCAUCUGGCUUGGUCAUCAGUUGGCCGUGGCUCCAAGGAGGAAUACGGCCUCCUGUUUGACAGCGUGGUUGUCACUCAGGAGCACCGCGGCCUCCUUCUUGACAUCGAUGCUGUGAAGGAAGAAGGACGUGUUGACUGGCCAGGCCUGUGUUCCUUUCUGCUACUGGAGCUUUCUGAUAAAGUGAAGAACACCAGAACCAGUAGUGUGCCUUGCUGGAAGCCACCGCGCACUUUGACCUGUCCGCACCGAGACCCAGUUAAAAAGGUGAAAGAACCAGUGUUGCACCUGCAGAGUUUAGGUCAGUAUCUGACCGUGAGUAAAGGAGGAACUGUGGGGCUGCGGAAUGGAGAGGAUAUGUCCCUUCUGCACACACAUCGACUGCAAAACAGUACGGUCACACCCAAAGACCUCUGGGUCACUGACAUGGUGCUGCUGCACAAUGUACACAAGAUAGCAGUGUCUUUCACAAGUAAGGAGGUGUGUUUUUAUGACAUUCUAUCCAAACAAGACUUCAGCUGCAAGUAUAAACUCCAGGGUUUGAAGUUUAUUCCCUGGUGUCUUGACUACUGGGUGGAUCCCUCUCACUCGGAACAGGCCGUCCUCACAAUAGGAGACAUUGGAGGACAGGUCAGUGGCUUAUAUUUUAACUCAGCUCAUAUCUCUCUGUUUGAGAGACAGAGUCUGAGGACGGACUCAGAUUCAGCAGACAUCAUCCUAUGGGAUGAGCUGGUCAAAGGGAAGCAUCGCUCCUGUUACACUGUGACACAUCAAGCACACACGCCAGCCUGGGUAAGAAAAGUACAUUACCUGGGUUCACUGGAAGCCUUUGUAUCGUGCAGCACCAGACCGCAGAGCAGCAUGGUGAUCAGCUGGAGGGAAAAGGAAAGCAGAACUCUACGAGUCACUUCGUUCUUUACAAAGAGGGGUGUGUGGGACAUGGACCACCACCGUGGACUCAAUCUGAUAGCUACAGCAGGUGUGGAUCAUCAGGUCUUGCUGUGGAACCCUUAUGUGACCUCAGAACCAGUUUGUGUGCUAAGUGGUCACACAAGCCCUGUCACCGCAGUUUGCUUCAUGCAGAGCAAGCAACAACUGCUCAGCUUCUCUAAAGAUAAGGUUCUAUGUCUAUGGGAUGUAUCGAGUCAGCUGUGUGUUCACCGUCUGGCCGGUGUCUUCCCAAAGACGCAGGAGGACACAGACACCCUCCUGUUCCUCCAUGAGGAACGUCAGCUCCUCCUGCUUUCCUUCAACAGCCUGCUUCUCCUGCUGGAGACCAUGAAGGAGGAGAAGAGGACCAGCAGCCACGAACACCCUGUGACCUGUGUACUGUAUAAUAGUCUGUUCAGACAGGUGUGGGACUUCAAUGGCCGCUGCCUCCACAGGAUGAACGCUGGCCUGGGUCGGGCUGUGGAGAUCUCACAGGUCCUGUUGCUGAAGAGGAGUAUACUAGCGAUGGGCUGGGAAAGGAUGUUAACAGUUUUCCGUCUGCAUUCCUUCUCGCAGUCUUUUGUUGAGCCAUCAGAGUGGAAGGGAGGUGUUCAGCAUCGCAGUGAUGUGCUCUGUGCCGCAUUUCAGCCUCCUCAGACUCUGGUCACAGGAAGUUACGAUGGAGAGAUUAUAGUGUGGAACAACAGCACAGAAAAAGCUUUAAGGAAACUGCGGCCAUAUGCUCAACACAAAGAAGGUCAUUUCCCCGAUUCUCACCUUGGUGCGAAUGGCAAAGAAGACUCUGAUAACUCCAUUGCCAUCACUAGAUUGUUCUUCAUACCAGGGCGCACACCUGCGGCUGCAGCUACAGGUGGUGCAGACUUAGUGUCCUGUGGAGGAUCAGGUGUGGUCAGACUCUGGAACACCGUCCACAGCCGUCUGGUAGGACAAUUCACAGCUCACAACGGAGACCUGGGGUCUAUUGUUAUGACUGUCAGCCCCUGUGGAAAAUAUCUAGUCACAGCUGAUAGGGAGGGAACGCUCAAGGCUUGGGACAUACAGCAUCAUUGUCUUGAGGCAAAUGAUGGAAUAACCAAAGAACCUCCAAAACUACUGCGUAAUUUCCGCCCACACCUUGAACGUGUGACUCACCUGGAGAUGUGUUACCAUGGCGAUAGACUCCUCCUUCUCUCGUCAUCAUCAGACUGCAGUGUGGCUCUCAGCUACCCUCCCGGAGAUACCGUUGGUCUGUUCGGACAGGAGGAGCAGUGGUCCUUGAAGGGACAUGGACCUCUGCACCCACAGCAGGAACAAGAGCGAGACCAGGGAGACCACAGAGUGCAAGAAGACACCAGACAGGGAGGGAAGAGGUCCCCUCAAGCUCCCAGUGGGACACCCCCUGACCCGGCAGCCGACACCUCUGGAGAACGUGGAGAGGUGGGGGUAAAAGAUGAGGGAGAGGACUGUGGAGUGGACAGAAGACAACCUUUAUCCAGGUGA